AUGGAAGUUAUCCGAGAAAAAGAUGGACUCAUCCUUUCUCAGUGCAAAUUCAUUUUAGACCUUCUUCGUGAAUUUGACUCCCUCCAUUUGUCGUAUGUUUCUUCUCCACUCGAUCCAUCUACUCGUUUGUCUACUCACACAGGGGAACCAAUGAAGGAUCCCACCUUGUAUCGCCAUCUACUUGGCAAACUCAACUACCUCACUCACACCCGCCCAGACUUAUCCUUCACUGUCCACCACCUCAGCCAGUACAUGCAGAACCUACGACAGCCACACCUAGAAGCAGCAUUUUGUGUGCUUCGCUAUUUGCUCAAAGAUCCUGGGCUUGGGCUUUUUAUGUCUUCUUCCUCCUCAUUGAAGAUCCUAGCCUUUUGUGACUCCGAUUGGGCCACCUGCCCGGACUCAAGGAAAUAG